AGUUCCCGCCACAUUCUUGUUUCAUUUCCAAUCGCCACUGCUGGCUCCUCCUCCCAAGGCCUUUUCCCGAAGCCGAGUCUUCUCUCUCUGGGGAGCCGAGAGCGCCAGCCAUGGCCCCGCGGCGCGUAAAGGCGACGGGAGCAGCUUCGGAGGCGGGAGCCGCCGCCCCCAGGGUCUCGGCGCCGCGUGUGAAGGGCGCCCCGACCGAGCCUAGAGAGUCUCCGGCCGUCCCUGAGGCCGCCCGGCCCGGCGCGCGGAGGUGCGGCCCCGCCAGGCCGUCGGGAUCCCUGAGGGAGAAGGGCGGCCCGGGCCCCCAGGAGAAGCGGCAGGUACGCGCGCGGGCUGCCCGGGCCGAGGACCUGACGGAGGGUCCGGCUGCUCGGACCGAAGGGGUGAUGCGUCCCGCGGCCCCGGGGCCGCCCCUUCCCAGGCCUGCAUCUCGCCGCGAGGGCACCGCGCGCUCCGCUCGGGAGCGGAGACCCCAGCCCGGGCCCACGGAAGUCCCCGGCCCGCUGGUCCCAGUCCCCAGUCUUGGGCGGGGGAAGGAGGCGCCCGGCGCCUGGAAGCCCCGGGCGGUACUGGAGAAGUUGAGGCUGAGCCGCCAGGAAAUCUCUGCGGCGGCGGAGGUGGUGAACAGGCUCACGGACCACCUGCUGCGGAGACUGCAGAGCUGUGAGUCCGAGUUCAAAGGCGUCGCGCAGCUGCGCACCGGGAGCUACUACGAGCGCGUUAAGAUUUCUGCUCCUAAUGAAUUUGACGUUAUGUUCAAACUGGAGGUCCCCCGAAUUCAGCUAGAAGAAUAUUACAACAGUGGUGCUCAUUACUUUGUGAAGUUCAAAAGAAAUCCCAAAGGAAAUCCUCUGGGUCAGUUUUUAGAAGGGGAAAUAUUAUCAGCUUCUAAGAUGCUGUCCAAGUUUAGGAAAAUCAUUAAGGAAGAAAUUAAAAAUAUUGAAGAUACAGAUGUCAUGGUGGAGCGGAAGAGAAGAGGAAGCCCUGCAGUAACACUUCUGGUUAGAAAACCUAAAGAAAUAUCUGUGGAUAUAAUCCUGGCUUUGGAAUCUAAAAGCAGCUGGCCUAUUAGCACCCAAGGAGGCCUGCCCAUCAGUAACUGGCUUGGAGCAAAAGUUAGGAACAGUUUAAGACGACAGCCAUUUUACCUCGUGCCCAAGCAUGCAAAGGAAGGAAGUGGUUUUCAAGAAGAAACGUGGCGUCUGUCCUUCUCUCACAUUGAAAAGGAUAUUUUGAAAAAUCACGGACAGUCUAAAACAUGCUGUGAAAUUGAUGGAGUGAAAUGUUGCAGGAAAGAGUGUUUAAAACUAAUGAAAUAUCUUUUAGAACAACUGAAAAAAAAGUUUGGAAACCGAAAGGAACUGGAUAAGUUCUGUUCUUAUCAUGUGAAAACUGCCUUCUUUCACGUCUGUACCCAGGACCCAGAUGACAGUCAGUGGCACUCCAAGGAUUUGGAGCUCUGCUUUGAUAACUGUGUGACAUACUUUCUUCAGUGCCUCAAGACAGAACAACUUGAUCAUUAUUUCAUUCCUGAAGUCAAUCUCUUCUCUCGAGACCAUAUUGACAAGCUAAGUAAAGAAUUUCUGUCAAAGCAAAUUGAAUAUGAAAGAAACAAUGGAUUUCCAGUUUUUGAUGAAUUUUGAAAUUAUAUUUUUAAAAAGAAUCAAGAAUUAGAGUGACUUUAUAAUCACUGAAAUGUAUCACAGCAGUGAUUGAUGAAAAUGAAUGUAAAUGAUUAUUUAGCUCUCCGUUUCUCUUCAUAAACUCUAAUCAAUAUAAAAGGAUGGGUUAUCCUAGGAAACAGAUUAUUCAAGGAAUAAGAAGCAAAGGAGUAUUUAAAAUAUAAAAGCUUUACCAGAGUGGCAUGAAAAGAAGGACAAAAUACAUAUCACCUCAAUAAAAUUCAUCAAGCACUGACUGAACACCACUUCUCACCUAGCACAGAUGUGUGGAAGGAGGCAAGGUCAUUGCCUCCACGAACUGGUAGGUUUUGUUUAACAUACAGAUAUGUUUGGAAGCCAUGUCCUGUCCUAUGUGUUAGGAUAGGUAAGAAGGAAAUGAAAAAAUAGGUUCUGUGUGUCCCAGGAAAUUCUUAAUCUUUCAUAGAAAAAUAUAGGAUACUUUUCUACACAUGGCUAAAUAUAAAACAUAACCUACUUUCUUCUAAGUGAUACUUUUAUAUGUAUUUCUGAAAAGGCAAUACACACAUGGUACAAAACUCAAAGAAAAGGGUACGGAAUAAAAUGCCAUCCUCUCUCCUCUGCAUUUAGGCAGCAUUCAACUUGAGGCAGUUGCUGUCUGUUAAGUUUUUCCUAUUCAGAUAUUUUGCACAUUUUCUUACUGGC